GGUGGUUUUGCGCACAGCUUCUUCGUAAGAGCAACAAACUACCGCAACCAUGGCUCGUGAGAAGAAGGAACCACGUGUGAAGAGAGAGCGGAAGGGAAAAAAAGAGUCGCGCAAGAAGGCGGCUGAGGAGAAGAAGGCCGCCGAGAAGGCUGAGGCGCUCGAGAACAUGUCACAAGCUGACCGCCUCGCUGAGGAAGGCAUCAUCGCAACUUGCUCGCACAACGUUCGCUCUGUUCACAAAAACUUUAAGGACAUUAACGUGCUCAACUUCAGCAUCACUUACUUCGGUAAGGUACUCAUGGAGGAGUGCGACAUUUCGCUAAACUACGGUCGCCGCUACGGACUCAUCGGCCGCAACGGUUCUGGUAAGUCCACCUUUAUGAAUGUGCUUGGCGCGCGUGGAAUCCCCAUCCCGGAGAGCAUCGACAUAUAUCAUCUGAAGCACGAGAUUGAAGCCAGCGACAUGACAGCACUCGAGGCGGUACUGUCCGUCGACAAGGAGCGUAACAAGCUCCAGGCCGAGGCUGACGAGCUCUCGGAGCAGAUGACCGACGAUUCUCUAAGCGAGGAAGACAGCGAGGCUAUCUCGGACCGCCUCACGGAUCUGUACGAGCGUCUCGACGACAUGGAUGCCGCCACUGCCGAGGUCCGUGCUCGCCAGAUCCUUGCUGGUCUGACGUUUUCGGACGCCAUGAUGAACAAGAAGACCAAGGAAUUUUCUGGUGGUUGGCGGAUGCGUAUUGCGCUGGCUCGUGCUCUGUUCAUUCAACCGACGCUGCUGCUCCUCGAUGAGCCAACCAAUCACUUGGACAUGGAGGCCGUCGUCUGGCUUGAAGACUAUUUGUCCAAGUGGAAGAAGAUUCUGCUCAUGAUUUCGCACUCGCAGGAGUUCAUGAACGAGGUCUGCACGAAUAUCAUUGACCUUACCAACAAAAAGCUCGAGUACUACGCUGGUAACUACGACACGUACGUGCGUACGAAAGCCGAGAAGGAGGAGAACCAGAUGAAGCGUUACAACUGGGAGCAAGACCAGAUCAAGCACAUGAAGGAGUACAUUGCCAAGUUUGGUCACGGUUCCGCCAAACUCGCCCGUCAAGCCCAGAGUAAGGAGAAGACGCUGGCCAAGAUGGUGCGUGAUGGUCUUACGGAGAAGGUCGAGAAGGAGUCGAUUGGCGACUUCAAGUUUCCCAACCCAGAACCGCUGCCACCUCCGGUGCUUAUGUUUCAGAAUGUGGCGUUCGGUUACCCGAACUGCCCUCUGCUGUACUCUGGCGUCGAGAUGGGUCUGGAUUUGGACUCGCGUGUCGCCCUUGUUGGUGCAAACGGUACGGGUAAGACCACGCUGCUAAAGUUGAUCACAGGAGACCUGGUGCCUGUUGCAGGCAACGUCCGACCACACAGCAAGCUGCGUAUUGCUCGUUUCAGCCAGCACUUCGUCGAUGUGCUGGAUCUGUCUAAGACACCACUCGAGUAUUUCCGCUCGCUUUUCCAGACCAAGUCGGUGCAGACACAAAUUAUGGGCCAGUUGUCUGACGGUCAGAAGAGUCGUGUCGUGUUCGCUUAUAUGGCGCAGCAGAACGCUCACAUGCUGCUGCUUGAUGAGCCUACGAACCACUUGGACAUGGAGUCAAUCGAUGCCCUGGCUCGUGCCAUUAACAACUUCAGUGGUGGAAUGUUGCUGGUUAGCCACGACAUGCGAUUGAUUUCCCAGGUUGCCAAGGAGAUUUGGCUGGUGGAAAACCAGUCUAUUAAGGUGUACCAGGGUGAGAUUUCCGACUUUAAGAUGCGCGUGCGUAAGCAGCUUAAGCUGGCGGACAAGGAGCCCGCCAUGCCUGCCGACGAGUAA